AUGUCCAACAAUAUCACAGACGCCGUCAGAUCCGCCACGCUUGUUGCAUUAGGCGCGACCUCAGGCUUCACUCCAGGCUUUGAGGCCUAUCUUGAUUCAUUUGACAUUCCACAAGAUCCCACUGUCCAGCCGGAAACCACGCCUCCUCCCACUAAGCAUACCAAGCCUAGCACGGCAAUCACUGCACCACCGGGACAGCUAACACCUGCUCAGCAAUGGAUCAACGCCAACAUCCACCGUUUUCGUAUUGUAGAGAUGGAGCCCUACGGCGACGUGCCCAACGCGAAGCGGGGCGUCUACGUCGAGUUCGACGAUGAGGAAAACCCACACGAACCCAAGAUUUCAAGCGUGCUUCGAGGGGCGAAAGGUAUUGAUAUUAUUCACUGCGAGCCUCAACGCGGAGAUGAGAACUACGUAAAUUUGAUCAUGGCGGUGGAGAAGUUUGAUAGGAAGGCGGGAUGCAGUGUUAAUGUUAAGAAACGAGUGGAACAUGUGAGGAGGAAAAAAGCGACGUGA